UGGUGGAGGUGUGCAUCGUCGUAAAGCGAUGCUUGUUUUCUUGUCGCCUAUAGCUACGGAAGAUUACUGGCGGACUUUAUAGCUCACAGAAGACUACGCCAUUUUCACGGAUAGCGCUCGUCCAGACCCCUCCCACGCGUGACAUACGAGCGCACCGCGCGCGACGCGCGAUAAAAGACACGUGGUCGCAGACCUGCUCGCUCUCUCGUCCGUUGAGCUCCGUUUGGCCGUGGUUUUGUGCCAGUGACUACUUUUGCCCGGGUCUCCCGUUUCUUCCGAGUCUGGUUACGACUUCUUGUUCUUCUACACGACACUCCUUCUCAGUCUCUUUCAUAGAGCUGGUGCGAGUACGUGUACUCACUGCGCUGUUUUUGUACACAAGUGCAUGCCUUACAUCGACACCCCGUUCGGUGUAUUUGUACUGGCCCCUGCUGCGAAGUUCAAUUUCUGGAGUUGGGGCCGCCACAGCUACUCAUUUUGUUUUCAAUCUGUUUAUUUGGAGGUGCUAGUACACGACACUCCUUCGUGCCUGGGUGUACCCACCGACCCUGACGCACUUUGCUGCGAGUUCGUGCCGCACCCUGGUCCUGUAUCUCCCGAAUCGCGAACCUCUUCAUUCUACGUCUUUGCCGUCGUUGGCGAUACCUGUUCCAACUCCGUCUACUCUCGCCCUGCUGCAACUGAGUCCUCGUUGAUAAGAAAACGCCUGACAGUUCUUUCCUCCGAAAUCGUCUACUCUCGCCCUCUAGCUGCAAGUGAAUCCUCGUACAGCUGCCGUUGUUUCCUCCAAAUCGUCUACUCUCCCCCUGUACCUGCGCCUGCCGUUCUUUCCUCCGAAAUAUUGUGCUAUUCACUGCCCUCUGGCAUCUUCAGAUAAGUGACAUUUUGCUGCUGGGAAAAUGCCUUACCGCUACCCAAGAAAAAAGAGGGCAGGUUUCAAAAGAUAUUAUGUGCUAAAUUCUGAGAGUAUAAAAGCUAGAGGUAGAUCCCUUUAUUUGUCAGACCCUGAUAAGAUAAAGGCUGUGGCUAGGACCUCCUACCAUGCAGACCCUGAUAAGAAAAGGCAGCUGUUAGGGCCUCAUAUUGUGCAGACCCUGAUAAGAAAAAGGCUGCUUCUAGGGCCCUGUAUAAGUUGCACCCAUUGAAGAAAAAUAUUGCUGAUAGGGCUGCAUAUAGAGAUAAUGCUGAUAAAAGAAAGGCCGCUGCAAAAUCAGUUUACGAUGUAAAUCCUGAACAAAAGCGUGCAGCUACC